CUUACAGCUUCCGUUAAUACAACGCUCUCAAUCUUUUUGUUUUCUCUCUUAAUCUCUCCUUUCUAUUUCUUUGUCAACUUUCUUCUCUCUCUCUCUUUCUUUCUAGUCUCUUCUUUGUCGAGGAAGUAUGACCAGUUCUUCCGCUCCUUCUCGCAAGGCUGCUUUGAGUAAGAUCGCUUCCAGUAGGCUUCAAAAAGAAUUGGCAGAAUGGCAACUUAAUCCUCCAUUCGGGUUCACACAUAAUGUCUCUGAUAAUCUUCAAAGGUGGGUUAUUGAAGUGAAUGGAGCUGAAGGAACUUUAUAUACUGAUGAAGUAUACCAACUUCAAGUUGAUUUUCCUGAGCAUUACCCUAUGGAAGCUCCACAGGUUAUUUUCUUAAAUCCAGCUCCCCUACAUCCACAUAUUUACAGCAAUGGCCACAUAUGUUUAGAUAUCUUGUAUGAUUCAUGGUCCCCUGCCAUGACUGUUAGUUCCAUCUGUAUAAGUAUUCUCUCUAUGCUCUCAAGCUCACCUGCAAAGCAACGACCUGCAGAUAAUGACCGCUACGUGAAGAACUGUAAGAAUGGUAGAUCUCCGAAGGAGACAAGGUGGUGGUUUCAUGAUGAUAAAGUGUAAAACGUAGAACAGGUUGAGUCGGUCGAAGAAGGUGGAUAUACUGCCUGCUUCUUAAAUGAAAAAUGAAAACAAAAAAUAUAAAGUAAAGAGGGAUUAUAGAACACCACCAACCAUCUCAGAGCCCGAUUGCACAGUUGGGUUCUAGAGCAGAAGUUCUAUGAAAACUGUUACAGAUUUGAAUUGCAUCUGGCAUUUGUAAAGGAGAGUUUUUGUUCGUGUCAAUUAUGUGCUGGUGUGAACAAAUGGCAUGUGUGGUGUUCAGGGUUGUUUAAGAGUUUGUCAAGAUAUUUGAGCACCUUAAUUUGAGCUUUUUUCUAUCCAAUUCUCUGUGAAUGUUUCCUUUUCUA